CAGAAAAUGGAUUUACGGAGGGCGACACCUGCGACUUUCCUGGGGAAAACGUGGGGUGGAACGGUGGAGGAAACAGCGCGGCUGUUGAGCCGCAGGGGCGGGGCGGAGGCGCGGCGUUGUCGGCGGCAGCGCAGGUGGCGGGAGGUGCGUGCGGUCGCCGGCGAGGCCGGGAGCCGCCGGGGGGCUCCGGGGAGCUGCGUCUGGUGGACGGCGGCGAUCGCUGUGCUGGGCGAGUGGAGGUGAAGCACGAUGGUGAGUGGGGAUCCGUGUGCGUUUUCUCCAAUUUGAACCGGAACGCCCAUUGGGCCACCUUGGUGUGCCGGCAGCUGGGCUGUGGCCGGGUGGCCAGGUCGUCGCCGCGCAUCCGGUUCAGGCAGGGCACCGGGCGGAUCUGGCUGCAGUUCUUCUGUCGCGGCAGCGAAAAUGUGAGGGGACACGCUCGCCCUGCUGGGACAAGCCAUUUGUGCUGGAGCAUCCCGGGCAGGGCUGAGCCGUGCCCCUGGCCUGGUGCAGAUGCCGUGGAGCUGAGACUGGCGGGCGGCGACAGUCCGUGUGCCGGGAGGGUGGAGGUGAAGCUGCAGGGACAGUGGGGCUCGGUGGGGGACGAGAGGUGGGACAUGGAUGACGCCGAGGUGGUUUGCCAGCAUCUGGGCUGCGGCUCGGCUGCCGGUGCCUACUCCGCCCGCGAGCGCUUCGGUGUCGGCGACGGUCCAGUCAGUCUGCUCUACGUGAACUGCAAUGGGGACGAGACCAUUCUCUGGGACUGCUACAUCACUGGCUGGGGACCCUUCACUAACUUCCAUGACUUGGACACUGCCGUUGUGUGUCAAGGAUUUUCCCGGCUGGUCGGAGGUGAUGGAGUCUGUGCCGGGCAGCUGGAGGUGCAAGAGGGCCGAGCCUGGGUUGGCGUGUGUGAGGAUCAGGUGGACAUGAAGGCGGCGCAGGUGGUGUGCAGGGAGCUGGGCUGCGGUGAGGUGCUCGCCAUGGGCGGCAGUGGCCGAUUUGGGGCGGCAUUGGGUUGGUUCUGGGACGGGUGCUUCCAGUGCAAUGGCAGCGAGCCCCUGCUCAGUGCCUGUGCCCGGCGUCCGGCCCAGAGCCAGGGCUGCAGCGGCCGUGCCAGCAUCAUCUGCUCCCGUAAGUGCCGGGGACAGUGGGGGCUGUUGGGCUCCAUGCAGCAUCCACGGCCUCACCGCCCUCCUGCCACAGCCUACACGGGCUUCCGCCUGGAGAACAGCAGCUCGAGAUGCUCCGGGCGAGUGGAGGUGGCAGUGAGGGGGACGUGGGGGUCCGUGUGCGCCGCCGAGUGGGACCUGCCCGAUGCGCACGUGCUGUGCCGCCACCUGGGCUGCGGCCGCGCCCUGGCCUACCGUUUGGGGGUCCAGGGUCUCCUGCUGUGUGGAAAAUCUCAGAAGAUGGGCAGGGUGAUCUUGGUGCUACCAACAGUGCCCAGGGCCCGAGGUAGGUAUUUUUGUGUGGUUCCAGGCCGUGGCAGAGCUGCAGAUGCCAUCUCCAACGCUGUCUACGAGGAGCUGGACUACAUGGCCAUGCCAGAGUACCAGAAGGUGCCCAGUGGCCCAGGUGGGUGCAGCUGA